AUGCUAUUUGCCGACAACAUUAUUCUUGUCGUUGAGAAUAAAACUAAGGUUCAGAGUGGACUGGUAGAGUGGCAACAAAGUCUAGAGAGUUUUGGUUUGAAAAUCAGCAGAAUCAGAACUAAAUACAUGUUGUGCAAUUUCGGCGGUCCCUUUAGUUCGGAAGUCAUAAAGCUUGACGAUACUAUUAUACCAGUCUACCCCGAUUUCCGGUUCCUAGGUUCACUCCUACAAAGCGAUGGUGAAUUAGACCGAACAGUAAAGCACCGAAUUAACUUAAGAUGGAUGAAAUGGCGGCAGGUUAUGGCAACCAGAUGUGACUCGCGAAUUUCCUUUAAAUUAAAGGAGAAAAUUUACAAGAGCAUAUUCCAGCCUGUUGUCUUGUACGGAUUAGAGUGUUGGACAACAAAGGUGAUAGACGAAAGGCGACUGUACGUAGCUGAGAGGCGAAUGGUGAGGUGCAUGUGUGGUACAAGAAUGCACAAAAUUAAAAAUGAUUAUUUCAGUGGAUGUAUGAAAAAAGCGCCAGUGAUAAAAAAGUUAAAAAGUAACCGUUCCUCCUGGCAUGGACACGUGAUACGCAGAAAUGAUAAGCAUAUUUUAAAAAAGGUAUUAGAAAUGGAAUUAAUUGGCUAUAAGGGCAGAGGAAAACCUAAAAAGACAUGGAUGGACUGUGUGAGAAAUGAUACGCCCUGA